GCGAUCUUUCGCUUUCCAUGCCACUGCACGAAUCCUGAUGCGAGGAUGCCUGCAGUUAGCCCGAUGGCUGAGCGCAGCGCCGAGAUAUCCGGCGGCGGGCCUCAAGUCGUCGGCUGGCUUUCCACUCCGGUCUAUUAAUUCCCUACGAUCUUUCACGACAUCUGCACCAUGGCGCGCCCGAUCGAAGGCUGCUCCGAGCGCCCCGGAUAUCGACCUCGAACGCCGCAUCGCCGAUAUCCCCAUUGACCGAUUCCGCAACUUCUGCAUCGUUGCACACGUCGAUCAUGGCAAAAGCACACUCUCCGACCGAUUGCUCGAGAUUACGGGGACCAUCCAGCCCGGAAUGAAUAAGCAAGUGCUGGAUAAACUGGACGUUGAGCGCGAACGGGGUAUCACUGUCAAGGCACAGACAUGUACCAUGAUCUACAACCACAAGGGCGAAGACUAUUUGUUGCACCUGGUAGAUACGCCUGGGCAUGUCGACUUCCGUGCUGAGGUAUCGCGUAGUUAUGCCAGCUGUGGGGGAGCAAUCCUUCUAGUUGAUGCUAGUCAGGGUGUUCAGGCGCAAACAGUUGCCAACUUCUACCUGGCCUUUGCGCAAGGAUUGGAGUUGAUCCCCGUUAUCAACAAGGUCGACCUCCCGUCGGCGGAUCCAGAGCGGGCUUUGGAUCAAAUGAAGAGCACCUUUGAGCUGGAUACGGAAAAUGCAGUGAGGGUGUCGGCCAAGACCGGAUUGAAUGUUGCGGCCAUUUUACCAACUGUCGUUGAGAAGAUCCCGGCACCUAUUGGCGACUCCAAGAAACCCCUUCGAAUGCUGCUUGUUGACUCCUGGUACGAUUCUUAUAAGGGUGUGAUUCUCCUGGUUCGUGUUUUCGAUGGCGAGGUGCGUGCAGGUCAGCAACUCGUGUCAUUCGUAACGGGCCUGAAGUACUACGUCGGCGAGGUUGGAAUUAUGUACCCCACUGAGACCGCACAAUCUGUUCUCCGGGCCGGGCAGGUCGGAUAUAUUUACUUCAACCCCGGUAUGAAGCGAAGUCAGGAGGCCAAGAUCGGCGACACCUUCACAAGAGUUGGGUUUGAGAAGACGGUGGAGGCUUUACCUGGUUUUGAGGAGCCGAAGUCAAUGGUCUUUGUCGCAGUUUAUCCUAUGAACCAGGAUCUUUUCGAGCAUCUCGAAGACAGUGUUAACCAGCUCAUCCUGAAUGACCGCAGUAUUACGGUUCAAAAGGAGUCCUCCGAAGCGCUCGGUGCAGGGUUCCGCAUGGGAUUUCUGGGUACCCUUCACUGCUCAGUAUUUGAGGAUCGACUCCGACAAGAGCACGGUGCGAGUAUCAUCAUCACUCCGCCAUCCGUACCAGUCAAGGUGAUAUGGAAGGAUGGUACCGAGGAAAUCAUCACCAACCCAGCCAAGUUCCCCGACGAUGAUAGCGUGCGUUUAAAGCUUGCCGAGGUUCAAGAGCCAUAUGUGCUAGCUACUUUGACUUUCCCUGAUGAAUAUCUCGGCAGAGUCAUUGAGCUCUGCGAAGCCAAUCGAGGCGAACAGCAAAGUAUCGAAUAUUUCACCGCGAGCCAGGUCAUUAUGAAAUAUGAACUGCCCUUGGCGCAUUUGGUCGAUGACUUCUUUGGCAAACUGAAGGGCUCUACCAAAGGAUAUGCCAGUCUCGACUACGAAGAAUCUGCUUGGAGGGCCGGCAAUAUCGUCAAGCUCCAGCUCUUGGUCAACAAGGUUCCCGUUGAUGCCGUAUCCCGCCUCAUGCACAUGAGCCAAGUGGCCCGUCAAGGCAGGAUAUGGGUAACCAAGUUCAAGCAACACGUCGACCGACAGCUGUUCGAAAUUGUCAUUCAAGCUGCCGUGGGCAAGAAGAUCAUCGCGCGUGAGACCAUCAAACCCUACCGCAAGGACGUUCUGGCCAAGCUUCACGCCAGUGAUGUGAGUCGCCGUCGGAAGCUAUUGGAGAAGCAGAAGGAAGGUCGUAAGAGGCUCCGAGCCGUUGGAAAUGUGCCUUCAGAGGGUGCACAGAUUGAUCUGGGCAAGGCCCAGGUCAUUGACCGUGUUCCCAAAGUGAUCAAGGAGCUAAAAUUCGGCGUAUUGACAAAUGAUGAUAUUGUCGGCCAAGCCGUUGUCGAAGUCUCCGAUAGAAAGUUUUUCGACCUCGACCGUGACCGCGCGGUCGUUGCCCAUGGCCCUCUCGAUGCGCGCAUGGGUAUUUCGAACAAGACCUCAACCUGUCAAACUUGUGGCUAUCACCUCAAGGAAUGCAAUGGUCACUUUGGUCAUGUACGACUGGUCUUGCCGGCAUUUCACGUCGGUUAUUUCAAGCGUGUUAUUAGUGUGCUUCAGGAAAUUUGCAAGGAAUGCUCUCGCAUUUUGCUUCCGGAGGCGGAAAGGCGCUCUUUCUUGCGCGAGAUGCGACGACCCGGUCUAGACAACCUACGACGAACACAAAUUGCGAAGAGAAUUAAUGAGCGAUGCCGAAAGACUCGGGAGUGUGAACAUUGUAACGCGAUCAACGGUGUUGUGAAGAAGGUCGGCUCGAGUGCGUUGAAGAUCACUCACGACAAGUUCCGCGCAUUCAAUGCAUCAACCUCCGUGAAGAAGCAGCCCCCACUGAGCAAGCAAGUUUUUGAUGACUCCUUUUCCGAGGCACGACACGUGAACCCUGAGGUCGAGAAGCAUUUCAAGAAGGCACAAGACGAUCUGAAUGCGCUCCGUGUUCUCAAACUGUUCAAGAAGAUAUCUGACAGUGACUGCGAGCUGAUCGGUCUUGACCCGAAAGAAGCACGACCGGAAAUGUUCCUUUGGCAGUUUAUCCCAGCUCCUCCCGUCUGCAUUCGUCCCUCCGUCGGCCAAGAUGCAGCCUCGACUGAAGAUGAUUUGACUGCCAAGCUCGGUGAUAUCGUCCAGAGCAAUAUCAACCUCAAAAACGCUCUCCUCAAGGGUGCGCCAGUGCAGACCAUUGUGGAAUGUUGGGACUAUAUGCAACUUCAAAUCGCAGUCUACAUUAACAGCGAUGUGCCCGGUCUCAACAAGGCGGAUCUCGGAAAACCUAUUCGCGGUUUCGUUCAACGACUCAAGGGUAAACAAGGUCGAUUCCGUGGUAACUUGUCUGGAAAACGUGUCGAUUUCUCCGGCCGUACGGUAAUUUCGCCCGACCCUAAUCUUCGAGUUGACGAGGUCGCCGUCCCAGAACUGGUGGCGAAGAACAUGACUUACCCUGAGGUAGUCACUCGAUACAACAUCGAAAAGCUACGAGAACGAGUGCGUAAUGGGUCUACCAAGUGGCCCGGCGCCAACUAUCUGUACAAAAAGGGAUCCACGUUCAGAACCAUGCUGAAGUAUGGUAGCCUCAAACAUAUGGCUAGUGAGCUGCAAGAAGGUGAUAAGGUGGAGCGUCAUAUUGAGGACGGUGAUAUCGUUCUCUUCAAUCGACAGCCCUCGCUGCACAAGCUCAGUAUUCUUUCCCAUUUUGCUAGAGUCCGACCGCAUCGAACUUUCCGACUCAACGAGUGUGUUUGUAACCCUUACAAUGCCGAUUUUGAUGGUGAUGAGAUGAACUUGCACGUCCCACAGACAGAGGAAGCCAGAGCAGAGGCUAUGGAGUUGAUGGGUGUGAAGAACAACUUGGCCACGCCUAAGAACGGCGAGCCUAUCAUUUCUGCUAUCCAGGAUUUUAUCAGUGCUGCUUUCCUUCUCAGUAGCAAGGACAACUUCUACGACCGUGGCUCAUUCACGCAGAUCUGCCUUUACAUGCUGGGCCCACAAACACGUUUUGACUUGCCUCCGCCAGCGGUUCUGAAGCCUCAGGCGCUUUGGACGGGUAAGCAGGUCUUCAAUAUUAUGAUGCGUCCCAAUACCGAUGAUCCUGUUCUCGUUAACCUCGACGCUGCAUGCCGUCAAUUUAAGCAACCCAAAGAUGGCCGACCAAAGGACCUUGAUCCGCAUGAUGCUUGGCUAGUCAUUCGCAAUUCUGAGGUUAUGUGCGGUGUCAUGGAUAAGUCCACCAUCGGUUCCGGAAAAAAGGACAAUGUUUUCUACAUUAUGCUUCGUGAUUUCGGCCCCCCUGCAGCUGCCGAGGGCAUGAACCGUCUGUCUAAACUGUCUGCGCGCUGGUUCACUAACAUGGGAUUCUCUAUUGGUAUCACCGAUGUUUAUCCUAGUGAGCAACUGGUUCAGUCAAAGAAUGAUUUGGUUGAAACUGCUUACGCUGCUUGUGACGAAGUUAUUGCCAAGUACAAGGCCGGUACGUUGGAGAAGUAUCCUGGCUGUGACGAGUUGCAAACUAUGGAAAACCAGCUGUCCGGUAUCCUGAGUAAGGUCCGUCAACAGGCUGGUGACGAAUGUAUCGCGCAGCUCAGCAAAUACAAUUCCCCCUUGAUCAUGGCCACUUCUGGAUCCAAGGGUUCCAGUAUCAACGUCUCACAAAUGGUUGCCCUUGUCGGUCAACAAAUUAUCGGUGGACAACGUGUUCUGGAUGGUUUCCAGGACCGAACUCUGCCUCAUUUCCCCAAAAAUGCCCGUCAGCCCCCCUCAAAGGGAUUCGUUCGAAACAGUUUCUUCUCGGGUCUCGAACCCACGGAAUUCAUUUUCCACGCUAUGUCUGGUCGUGAAGGUCUGGUUGAUACGGCUGUCAAGACUGCUGAAACUGGUUACAUGUCCCGGCGAUUGAUGAAGUCUCUUGAAGAUCUCUCGUCGCAGUACGACGACACUGUUCGAAACUCGUCCUCUGCCAUCGUCCAAUUUCAGUACGGUGAUGAUAAGUUGGACCCGGUUGAUAUGGAGGGUAAAGCCAAGCCUGUCCACUUCGAUCGCACUUUCAUCCACUCCGAGUCCACAACCUACAAUAACGACGAACGAAGCUUGUUGCCUAACGAAAUCAUGGAAGUGUGUGAGGAGAUGCUCUCAAGGGAACGCGCUAAGCUUGUCCGUAAGGACUUGAUGGGCAAUCAACUUGGCUAUAUGGAUCGCAGCGACAAUGGCAUUGACCAAUUUGAGAGUGCUCGCGACUUCCUUGAUUCUAUCCAACAAUAUGUCCAAACCAAGGCUGACAGGCUUAUCUCUCGUGGUGGUGACUUUGAUCCAUCAGACGAGAGGAGCCGGAAGGGCUUGGACCACACUGGCAAGUUGACAGAGACUACUCUCAAGGCCUUCAUCACGGCCUGUUUGCUGAAGUACAAGAGAGCGCAAGUCGAGCCUGGUCAUGCAGUCGGUGCCGUUGGUGCCCAGUCUAUCGGUGAGCCCGGUACGCAGAUGACCUUGAAAACUUUCCAUUUCGCCGGUGUCGCCGGUAUGAGUAUCACUCAGGGUGUGCCCCGUAUUAAGGAAAUUAUCAACGCUUCCAAGGAGAUCAGUACUCCUGUUGUUGCUUGCGAACUAGUCACCAAGGACAGCAUUGCUGCAGCUCGUAUUGUCAAGGGCCGAAUUGAGAAGACUUAUCUACGGGAUAUCAUUCACUCGGUUACUGAGAAUUGGAACGGAAACGAGGCUUACGUCAAGGCCAGGAUCAACUUCAAAACAAUCAAUGAUCUACAGCUUGAGCUUCGUAUGCCCCAGAUCGUUGCUGCGAUUAAGAACCACAAGCGAUUCAAGGGCAGUGACCUCAAGUUCAGUACCACUGGGCGAUCCAUCAAGGUCACCAUUGACCUGGAUCCGUCCAGCAAAAAUGACUUGUCGAAGACUGAGAUUGCAGCUACCAGUGCUGACCCCUUCCUACGUCUGAAGCAUCUUAAGCGUCUCUUGCCCAGUAUCCAAAUCCUUGGUCAUCCACGUGCCUAUCGUGCUAUCAUCCGAACAGAUGAGACGUCCACCACCAAUACCCUGUUGGUUGAAGGCUACGGUCUACGAGAGUGUAUGACUACAGUGGGUGUUGACGGUCUCCGAACCACAACCAACAAUGUCAUGGAGGCCCGUCAGGUCCUUGGUAUCGAAGCUGCGAGAAGCACUAUCGUCACUGAGAUCAGUGAGGUCAUGAAGGACAUGGACAUUGAUCCUCGUCACAUGCAACUUCUGGCUGAUGUCAUGACCUACAAGGGUGAGGUACUGGGUAUUACCCGUUUCGGUCUGGCCAAGAUGCGUGACUCCGUUCUUCAACUCGCCUCGUUCGAGAAGACCGCAGAUCACCUGUUUGACGCCGGUGGUGCCGGUCGUACCGAUCUCAUUGAGGGUGUCUCUGAGUGUAUUAUUAUGGGCAAGACCAUGGGACUGGGUACCGGUGCAAUGGAAGUUGUCCGCAAGCUGAACUUCUACGAGGGACAAAUCGGCCCGCGGAAGACCGUUUUUGAAGACGCUUGGUCCGAACUGGGCGAGGUGCUCCCGAAGAAACCCACGAGGAGAGUUCGGUAG